AUGGAUGGGGUGCUGCAGAAUAGGGAAACGGUGCUAACAGAGAAGAGACAUUGUGCUAACGAAAAAAGGGACACGGUGCUAACGGAAAAAAGGGACACGGUGCUAACGGAAAAAAGGGACAGGGUGCUAACAGAAAAAAGUGACAGGGAACACGGUGCGUACGAACAUAGACUUUCGGUGCUAACAGAGAAUAGGGACACGGUGCUAACGGACAAUAGGGACACAGUGCCAACGGACAAUAGGGAUACAGUGCUAACAGAGAAUAGGGACACGGUGCUAACGGACAAUAGGGACACAGUGCCAACGGACAAUAGGGAUACAGUGCUAACAGAGAAUAGGGACACGGUGCUAACGGACAAUAGAGACACGGUGCUAACGGACAAGAGGAACACGGUGCUAACGGAGAAUAGAGACACGGUGCUAACGGACAAUUGGGACACGGUACUAAUGGACAAUAAGGGCACGGUGCUAAAGGACAAUAGGGACACAGUGCCAACGGACAAUAGGGACACGGUUCUAACGGACAACAGGGGCUCGGUGCCAACGGAAAACAGGGGGCACGGUGCCAACGAACAAUAG